UUGGCUUCUGGAGGGGAUGAUGCUGCAAUCUUGCUUUGGAAACUGAAUGGCAAUAAGGAGCCUGAACAAACCCCGGCCUUUCAGGAAGAUGAAGAUGAUCAGCUCAAUAAAGAGAGCUGGAGUGUCGUCAAAACGCUGAGGGGACAUAUUGAGGAUGUAUAUGAUAUCUCAUGGACAAGUGAUGGGAAUUUCAUGGUUUCGGGCUCUGUGGACAACACUGCCAUCAUGUGGGAUGUCAACAAGGGUCAAAAGAUGUGCAUUUUUAAUGAUCAUAAGAGUUAUGUGCAAGGAGUAACAUGGGACCCACUUGGACAGUACAUCAGCACAUUAAGCUGUGACAGGGUGAUGCGUGUGUACAGUGCUCACAACAGGAAAAAAGCUUACUGUGUGAGUAAGAUGACUUCAGCCGCCGCUGCAGACGGAGAGGUGAAGAACUACAGAAUGUUCCACGAUGACAGCAUGAGAUCGUUCUUCAGACGUCUCACAUUCACACCAGAUGGGUCAUUCCUCCUUGCACCAGCUGGGUGUGUCGAGGCUGGAGAGAAUGUCACAAACACAACAUACGUAUUCUCCAGAAAAAGCUUUAAGAGGCCCAUAGCUCAUCUGCCCUGUCCAUCUAAAGCCACACUGGCUGUGCGCUGCAGCCCAGUGUACUAUGAGCUGAGGACAAAAAGAGCUGAAGAUGGUUCACUGAAGCCAGUGUCAAACACGUUUAAUUUGCCAUAUCGGCUGGUGUUUGCAGUUGCAUCAGAAGACUCAAUCUUCUUUUAUGACACACAACAGAUGCUGCCAUUUGGAUACGUGUCUAACUUCCACUAUCACACACUGAGUGAUCUCAGCUGGUCUCGUGAUGGCUCCUUCUUGGCUGUCUCAUCCACUGAUGGUUACUGUUCCUUCGUGUCAUUUGAGGAAGGGGAGCUGGGCACUCCACUGAAGGAGCGACCUCCACUGGAGAUGGUGACCCCAACUUCUACUAAUGAGAAGAAAGGCAAGAGACCCUCAGCCAAUGGCAGGACUGCUUCCCCAAUCCCUCGCCAGGCCAACACACCUGCACAGGAAAAGGAGAAAGAGGGAUCUGCUAGUCUUGCAUCCUCCAAGACCCCCAGCGUACCUGUUCCAGAUGAGAAGCGCACAUCUCAAGCGCUGCAAACCAAACCUCAGCCCAGAAGGAUCACACUCAAUACCCUGGCAGGCUGGGGCAAACCCAGCACCCCCAAAUCACCGGCAACUGCCCCCAACACACCCAAAUCUGCUCCCUCCACCCCUGGAUCCAGCAGAGGACCCCUGACACCUCUUACAGCCCUCAGCACUCCGCUUGGACCCCUCAACUCCAAAAAUACCACAACUCCAAAAGGACCAACUCCUAGACGAAUUUCACUGACUCCAAUUGUAUCCAAAUCCCCCACUCCUUUUGUCACCCCAUCUUCCACUGAGAAAGCCAAGCACGAGAGACCAUCUCCCCCCAGUGACCCAGUGUGCAAUCCUCCUGAAUCCAAGAGGUCCAAGACUGAUGUUCCCAAUGGUUCUGCCCAGAGCAGUGAGCACAAAAUGGACACAAAACCCAGCGUCAAACCCCAGGAGCCAUAAACACUGACUGUGGUUCUUUGUUCCUUCGCUUUAACA